AUGCGCUUUACGACCCGCCGUGUCAGCAAUGGCUUUCCUAUCUCAGAACCUCGACCAGCUCGAACCCCAACCGAAUCCACCACUCGAUCAACCAACUCGACAUCGACACUGCCAACCCGCACACGCCACCCCUCGCUUGCUCGUCUACAAAAAUUCCGAAAUAUCAUCGUCCCCAUUCUCAUCAUGUUCGUCUUCACGACCCUUAUCCUUGGCGCCAUCUACGCAUACUGUAUCGCCAAACCUCACACAUCUAUUGCCGAUCAAUUAGCUCGAGAUCCCUCCGCCGAAGCUAACGAUUCCAUCUUCGGCAAACGACAGGCCUCUACAGAUCUGUUUCUAGAGCCUGCCAUGAGAGAUGCAGCGGCCACCGACGAGCCCAGUACAACAGACACCAGCAAAGACCGAGAUUCUCAACCUCAAACUGCCCUCAUGUUCUACACCCUCAGUGCCCCUACCGCCUCCCUUGUCCAUCUCGCUUUCGAGCUCGUCAUGCAUCACCACAAUCCCACACAUCUCGCCAAGAGGGCCGCUUACAUCGUACUAAUUCCCAGCACCAUUCUCAUUGCUGCCGGCUGGAUCACCACCCUCUCCUUCUGGAUGCACUGCGAGCUGCCGCCCCUAAAUGCCACCGGACAGGAGGUUUGCCCAGUGCAAGUACGUGGCCAUUUCAUGUAUGGGAUACAUGAAGUGAGCAUUGCCAAAGCUGUCGUAGGCUGGCUCGUCGUCUUGGCAUAUAUGUGGCACGUGUACCUGUUGUGCCAGGCGAUCAAGGCGCAGAAACGAAUGUGGAGAAUCCAAGGCCAUGCUCACGCCGAUAGGGACGCUGAACAUGGUGCCGCUACCGAGAUUGUGGUCAGCGUGAGCGAUCAGAUGAAGAAGGAAACCUACCUGGCUAGUGCCGCAAGGUAG